UCUUGCUGUGUGUGCGGGUGUGUGUUGGUUGAAUCCUGCUCCUACAGUAUGUUUCUGUCUGCGUUCUCCUGCUGUUAGUGUUUGUGUGUUUGUGUGCUACUGCUCUUACGGUGUGUUUGCAUUAUCUUGCUCUUUGUGUGUGGGUGUGUGUGCGUUCUCCUGCUCUUAGUGUGUGUGUGUGUGUGUGUGUGUGUGUGUGGUAUUUUAUUAAUAGCCAAGCACCCGUAUCUGACCCUAGGCAAAUGUUAUGCAAACAUGUUAUACGUGUAACCUGUCCACCAGUGCGCUUGCAGUCUCGUGUUUCACUAUUUUCGUUUUUUUCCAUGCACCUUUCUGUGAGGGACUUUUUAGAACAACCUGAUCUGCUAGCAGGAAGUCUGAAGAAGAGACGAGGCAAAGGGGCGGAGCCUGCCGAACUGAAGAGGGAACUGGAGUAUAAAAGCAGGCUGUGGCCCCAAGCAUACAUGGGUUGGGAACUAGAGUCUGCUGCUUCCUCCUGUCUCACGCUGUGCCGCUCAGCAGUAUGGACCUACUUUAAGAUAGAGAUUUAUAUAGAUAUACUAUAUAUCUAUCUAUAUACAUAUAAUAUAUAUAUAUAUAUAUAUAUAGGAAAGACAUUUCUCUAUUUUGGGAGGAGACGUCUAUCUAAAUUUAAGAUGAGCCUCUACGACAGCAGUGACCGCUACUCCGAGUCUCCGGCCGACGACCAGACGGAGGGAGAGGAGGUGGAGAGAGACGAUGAAGAGGAGGAGGAGGAGGAGGAGGAGGAGGAGGCGCCAAGGUCGAGCCUCCCGCCCGUCAUCGCCAACUUCUCCUCCUCUCUGCUGGCGGUGGUGCGCAUCCGACAGAAGUACCUGGCCAUGAAGAAGCGGCGGCUGGAGAUGUCCCAGGUGUUCGGCGGCGCCAAGCUCAUGGCCGGGGCGCCGUCUCGCACCAGCCCCAAGAUCUUCACCUUCGACGGGGAGCCCGGUUCCGUGCCGCCCCUGGCGCCCGAGCGCAGGAAGAGGAGGAGGAAGAACCGCGGGGUGCAGUACCCCACGGGACAGGGCCGUCGGGCCCCGCCCAAACCGGCUCAGAGCCGCGCCAAGUACUGCCUCUACCUGCUGUGUGCCAUCGUCUUCCUGCAGGUGUACAACGCCAUCGAGAACCUGGACGACCACGUGCUCCGCUACGACCUGGACGGCCUGGAGAAGACCCUGCGGCGGGAGGUGUUCGGCCAGCGGGCGGCCGUGGAGGGGCUGCUGGGCCUGCUCCACGACUACCUCUCCACCUACGUCCACGGCAGGCCCCUGGUGCUCUCCGUCCACGGCCCCUCCGGCGUGGGCAAGAGCCACCUGGGGCGGCUGCUGGCGGGCCACUUCCGCGCGGUGGUCGGCGAGCCCCUGGUGCUGCAGUACUACGUCCUGCACCGCUGCCCCCUGGAGGCGGACGCCUGGCACUGCGCCCGGGCGCUCUCCGUGGUGGUGGCGGAGAUGGUGGAGCGCGCCGAGGAGGAGGAGAAGAUCCCCCUGUUUGUGUUCGACGAGGCGGAGCACAUGCACGGCGAGAUCCUGGACGCGCUGAGGGACCUGGUGGCGACCAAGCGCUCCAACGAGUACCUCAACGCCGUCUACCUGUUCCUGAGCGGCCUGGGCGGCGAGCACAUCACCCACCACCUGCUGCACAACUCGUCCAGCGCGGCGGGCGGCGGCGGCGGCAUGAUGGCCAUGACCAUGGAGGGCGCGUGCGGCGGUCGCCACGGCAACCUGGCGAAGGAGCUGGGCCCCGUGCUGCGCGACACGCUGGAGAAGAGGCACCCGCUGUGGGAGGCGGCGGAGAUAUUACCCAUGGGCCUCCUGGAGAAGAGCCACGUGACGGAAUGCUUCCUGGACGAGAUGGCCGGCGAGGGGUUCUACCCGGACCGGGAGAACAUCGAGCGGCUGGCGGGGGAGGUGGAGUACUACCCGGCCGUGGGGGAGCACCAGUACGCCCGGACAGGAUGCAAGCAGGUGGUGGCCAAGGUCAACCUGCUGUGACCCCCCCCAGCCGGGGCCUGGCCUGGUCCCCCCCCUCCUCCAACUCCAUAAUCAAGAAACCAGGGUGGCCAAGCGCAUUGCCGCCCUAACUGAAUCCCUAAGAACUUUGACUUAAAGCGGUCAAUCACAAUCCAACAGAACAUGUGGUAUAACUGCAGAAUUUGUAUUGAACCUAAUGGUAUCUGGUGCCGUGUUAUUGUGGGCAUAAGGAAAUGGACGCGCCACAAUCCUCCUACCAGGAAACCAAAGGAACAGAUCGAUCCCGGCCAUUUUGUCACUAGACUGUGGACUCUGCAUGUGGACGCAAAUACUUGAGUGAGUACGAACAGAGUUCAUGUAGUAAGAAUGCCAUGGUUCUGUGGGAUAAGGUGGGAGUAGAUCAACGAUCUCUUGAUCUGCCAUCGGCGUUGGCAGCGCCGCCUGACCGACUGAACAGACCGUCUCACUGAGGAGAAUAUUAAAAUCGUUUUCUGCCCUUUUAGCCGACCACUUAAGUUGGAUGUGUCCUUUAUCUGAUUGCUCUAAGUCUAUACGUUUAGAAUUAUUUCAUAAUUUGCGCAAUGAGCCGCAGACAGACAACGAUACCAGAUAUAUUGAGACAAUGUUUUUUAUUUUUAUUCUUAUUAGAAUUCCCUUAACAUUGGAAAAUUACGUACUGUUUCCAAACCACAAAGAAAUGACAAAACCAGCAUAUGACAACACAAUAUGAUGUGGGAUUUGUGGUUCUCCCCUAGCAGAAGAAAGGAUAGUCGUGUGGAACAGACAAGCCUGUUGCAUCAUUUUAAUCACAGUGUGAUUUAAAGAAUGGUUUCGCAUUGUUUGGUCUGAAAUGCAUUGUUUGGUCUGAAAUGCCGUAAACAUUCCAACAGAGCAAUGAUGAGUUUGGUUUCUCGAGAAAGUGAAACAAAAUAAAAAGCAGACUUUCCUGUGA